UAUUGUACACACACACACAGUUUGAGUGCCAGCAACUCCAUCAAGUAGUGUAUCCAUGUGUAUCAGAUUCGUGGUCAUAGCUUUGUCUCGGACAGCGCAGCACAAACACACACACGCUAAUGGAUUCUGGACCGCUACGCUCCGUGUCACUCUUCGUGAGGGUGUUUAUGAUUUCUGCCGCAGCAUCAGCGGUCAAUCUUGAAGGGGAACUUAUCAAGGAUUUGAUGAAGGGCUACAACAAGAACGUGCGGCCGAUGGAGAACAGUGGGGACAUCACUCAGGUCGACAUCAAGAUGACGCUCACCAACCUCAUCUCUCUAAAUGAAAAGGAGGAGGCUCUGACAACAAGCGUUUGGAUAGAAAUGCAAUGGUGUGACUACAGGCUCAGAUGGGACCAACCGCCCAGGUCGGCUCUGUAUGGGAACAUCACCUCUCAGCUGAGGGUCCCCUCCAAGAGCAUCUGGCUGCCAGAAGUCAUACUGGAAAACAAUGUGGACGGACAAUUCGAGGUGGCACUUUACUGCAAUGCUCUGGUGUCUUCUGACGGCUGCGUGUACUGGCUGCCUCCUGCCAUCUACCGCAGUGCUUGUGCCAUCACGGUCAACUACUUCCCCUUCGACUGGCAGAACUGCAGCAUGGUCUUCCGCUCCCAGACUUACUGUGCCAACGAGAUCAAGCUCGUUCUCAAAGAGGAGGAUAACCACACAUUGGAGUGGGUGGAUAUUGACCCGGAGGCUUUUACAGAAAAUGGAGAGUGGGCCAUCAAACACAGGCCGGCUAAGAAGCUGAUCAACACUCAGUACACUAAGGAUGAGCUGGGGUACCAGGAGGUGGUCUUCUUCCUCGUCAUCCAGAGAAAGCCCCUCUUCUACGUCAUCAACAUCAUCAUUCCCUGUGUGCUCUUCUCCUCCCUCGGCCUCCUUGUCUACUUCCUACCUGCCAAAGCGGGUGGUCAGAAGUGCACCAUGUCUGUUGCCACCCUCCUGGGCCAGAUUGUAUUCCUCUUCCUUAUCGCCAAGAAAGUUCCAGAGACUUCGAGGGCAGUGCCUCUUAUUGGGAAGUAUUUGAUGUUUGUGAUGUCAGUGACCACCAUCGUGGUGAUGAACUGCGUGAUAGUCCUCAAUGUUUCCCUGAGAACCCCAAACACCCACAGAAUGACAGACAAAGUCCGAAAGAUCCUCCUGAACAAACUGCCUCGGCUGCUGAGGAUGCAGAUGCGAACCUGGACACCAAAUGGUGACGACAACACUUCAGAAACUGGAAAUGGAGAAAGUCCAGACAGGAAUGGCGUGUUCCUGGUCCCCUGCCGACGUCGCAGCUCCAUGAACCUCAUCACCAAGGCAGAGGAAUAUUUUAUGAGAACAGCCCGGUCUGAACUCAUGUUUGCCAGAUACAAAGAAAGAAACGGAUUGAUGAAAUCAGUAUUAGAGAAGCUGCAUGAUGGGCUGGAGGGGGGUACAGCUGAGCAUCUCAGUGCCAGCCUGGCAAAUGCCUCUCCACAGCUGAAGCAGUGUGUGUCCUCCUGCAAACACAUAGCUGAGACUACAAGGCAACAAAACAACUUCCAGAAUGAGAAUGAAGAGUGGUUCCUGGUCGCCCGUGUGGUCGACAGGGUAUGCUUCAUCGUCAUGGUGUCAGUGUUUUUUAUCGGCACCAUUGGGAUCUUCCUAAUGGGCCAUUUCAACCAGCCUCCCUCCUCGCCUUUCCCUGGGGAUCCCAAGAAGUAUCUCCCUCCAACAAACAACCUCACUGAUCCAGCUGAGAAUGGGAUGGGAGCAAACUUCCUGGGGUAAACCAGGAGAAAAUCUCCAGAUUUUAUCCCUUUAAUUGGAGUGGAAAUGUGACGGCGUCCGUCAGUGAUCUUUCACUAAUGAGUGGGACACAUGGAGAAGAUGUGGGGUCUGUGGACUGUCACAAAGGUGUUCAUGGUGAUAAAGGAUCCGCUGCGCAGAUAUGUGGACGCCGCGCUUGAUCCGUGGUGAUGCAUACUGGCAUCAGCUGUGAUUGAUUGUUGAGGUUGAGAAUAUUUUUUGCUGUAUAAGAAAAAAAGAGCAUGUUUAUUUGCUCUUCCUGUCACCAGCUCAGUGUUUGACGUAAGUUUACUUUUUCACCUGCUGGCGACUUUUAUACAAUUCAAGGCCAUCGUGAUAAACUAUGAGACAUCUGUUAAGCAACAGCCACAUGUGCCAAACAAACGCUUUUAUCAAUAAAAGUACUACUGUAAUCUCA